CCAUUUUGGAAACGCGCGGGAACAAACAAGAGGUAAAAUCUCCUUAUUUUCAAAACAUGUUAUUUUGCAUUAUUGAUUGUUGAUUUUUAACCUGGCUAUAGGAAUUUGAAAUGGCCACUGAUGGUUUGGAGUUCAGUGAUAUUUACCUUCUUGUAAGAGGUGCAUUGGUAAGUGGAAAUGGCAGAAGCUCCAUGUCACGUGUAGCUCGUAGAAAGAAUGAUCAGUACAAGGCUUCUAAUUUCAAAGCUAAAUAUACUCACGAGAUUUUUUUUACAAAUUUCCUUAUCAUCUACAUGAUGUUAUACGAGAUAUAUUUCUUACGCCUUUUAAAGGAUUCCUAAUCGUUGUACGGGGGUGAUUUUGCAACCGGAAGCAACUUGUGAGCUUCACUGACGGCUGCAGCUCCAGCUAGUACACUAAGCUUCUUUUCGGUCUGAUAUGUUAAAUUACAUUCUGUGCUGCGCUCUUCGAAUAUUCACGUGGUUCCUGGUCUCAGAAAUUUGAAGAGCCAGCCCCUAAAGGCGUCCAUGAUUGCACAUAAACAAGACGCUACGAGACAACGACUUAAACCAGCUGGGUUCCGCCGGUACCAAUCUCUGUAUUACAAGGGCUAAUAGGCUACUUUAAGUCUCUUACAUUCAAUAUUUGAUUAGAAUUUCUCCCUCCAUGCCAUAGCUUUAUUGCGGGUGAAGGGAAUGUGGUGUCAUAUUAAGAUAACAUUAUUCAGCAAAUGGGACAAUCUACUGUUACUGUUGAGUUCAAUCUACUUACUGUAUUAUUUGACUCAAAGAACCCUUUUGAGCGAUUUAUUCCAAGUUUAUGGCUUCCACGUUUAGGCAAUCCAUUAUUCUAUCCAUAUCAUGGUACUCUUUCCCACUAGCAACAAUCCUUUUCAAUUCUAACCUUGUUCAAAUGAUGAGGCCACUUGCUCAAAAAUUGGUGUUUUUUUUGCAUCAUAGAGGUCAAUUCUUGACUUUUUGGGUGGAUAAUUUGAAGAUCUAUUUCAACCACAGAAGGUUUAAAGGGGCUAAUGCCCUUAAAAAUAUCACAUUUCUGCCUUGUUCACAGAAUGAUGGACGGUUGAAGUUACACAAAGGGGGAAUAAUAUUCAAAGCAAACAAAACUGGAAAAAUUGACCAAGCAGCAGUGGCUGAUAUUGAAUCAACUAGUUGGUUGAGAGUAGCUCGUGGUUUUGAACUGAAUGUUGCUCUAACAAAUGGAAUGCAGUUCAAGUUUGAAGGUUUCAAAGAGGCAGUAAGUCUUUGUCUCCAUUUGAAACUACUUGAAAACUAACAGUUGGUAUCACCACAGCAAUGUUGUUAAUUACUUGGAUUUCUCUCUGUCAAAACAAAUAGUUAAAACUUUUGUGGUAUGGCUAGGAUGCAAUGAAGGGGAAAGUCUCCCUUUACCGCAUUUUUUUUAAAUCUGAGCUUAAUAUAACAAAACACAUUUCAAUAUUCUUAACUCAAGUGCAGGGUGAUGCUGCAUUUUUUGCUCUAAUUGUAAAUAGUUAUUUGUAUUCUCACACAAGAAUGAGAUGUUGUCUUUUUAAACUAGAUUUAAAUUCUAUUCUAAGUACAUGGGACAUUUCAUUGAAAUUUUUUUUACUUGCCAUAUGACAUCAAAAAAAUAUUUUUGAAGUGGCAUCCAAACAUUCAAUUCUCUUGGUUUAAAUUAACUAGGGUGAAACUAAUUUUUCUCUUGUGUUUUCUCUUUUUAGGACUAUGACCAACUAGCAACAUUCAUUAAGGAAAAUUUUGGAAAGGAUCUGGAAGAAAUAGAAUUAUCCGUCAAGGGCUGGAACUGGGGCACUGCUAAAUUCAAAGGUUAGAGGUGUCUGUCCAUGUAAUGCUUUCCUAGUCAUCUGUAGUCUGUGUCUGUUUGUUGUUGUUGGCGCUACCUGUUUCCUGUUUUCACAAGCAUUGCAUCAUUUUUCUGCUUUUGAUUGUGAGACUAACAUUGAUCUGGUUUAUUUGUAUUGCUGUAACAAAGGAUUUUGUGAAAUGUUUCAGGCUCCUCUCUCUGUUUUGAAGUUGAUGAAAAGCCAGCAUUUAUAGUCCCUCUCAAGGAUGUGUCGCAAGCAACAACAGGUGAGGUUUUUCCUUUCAUCUUUGUUACAUCCUAUUUUUUUCAGAGUGGAAAAAAUUAAUUUGGAAUUACUAUCCUUUCAAUCUGAAGUAUGGAAGAGCACUAAAUUCUAAAACAGUGAAUUCCCAGGUUGUAGACACUUCAUUACAAGGCCUGUCCAAAAUGAUACAGAACUUUGUAGAAAUCAGAGUUGCAGCCAAGAGCCUGCUGCUGGGGAUAUUUGCUAAAUGAAAUGCAGCAAUUACCUGCCAAAUAUUCUGCUACUGAUUACUGCUUUUUCACCUGGCAAAUUUCAGAUUGCAUGCUCUCUAUGAGUGAGGAUUUCCUGAAUAAAACAUGAACAGUCUUAUGCAGUGUUAUUUUAUUCACAAACAGGAAAAAAUGAAGUGGCACUUGAGUUUCAUCAAAAUGAUGAUGCACAGAUCUGCUUGAUGGAGAUGAGAUUUUAUAUCCCUACACCUGCAGAUAAUCCAACAGAAGACCCAGUCAAAGUAUGUUCUUUAUUUCUAAAAUCCACAUUUUGAUUAUAAGGGGAAGCAAGUUUAACAUGUCAUGUCCAUAGAAUGAAAAUGUGAAAUCUGUGCCAAGCUACAAUCAUCAUCCAAAUUAGUUGAUAGAUCAUCUUUGAACAGUCCUAUUUAUGUGUAGAUUAACAUUCCUGUGUCUAACGCACUCUUAGUCAUUGACAAUACCCCCCUCCCCCAUAUAUUGCCUGAAUGUAGCUAAAAGGUCAUGGAAUCGCGAUACAGCAUUUUUUUUUAAGGAGAGGGGGAAUGGGGCAAAUAGGUUAAUGUAACAAGGGCAAAAGAGUGGAGAAGGCCAAUGUGUCAAUAAUUUUGUUGCCAAUUGUAGGCAUUUUACUUUUUAAAUUGAUAUUAAAGAGGUAAUUUGUGCAAAUCUGUUUAUGUUGUGGAAACUUAUCCCUUAAACUCCAAAGAGUGGCUGGGAUCUAUUUUUCCUUAAAACAUCACCUCUGAAUCAAACAUUGAAGUCACUAGAAUUAAGGAAAUAGUUGCCAAUUGAAGAAGCUUUGACUGUUACACAAAUUCUCCCAACCAGCACCAAAUAAAUUUAUAGAGAACAGUAUGGGGAAUAUAGAUACUAAUGUUAGUUUGUGAAGAGUUAGAUGAGCUUUAAUUAAUUUUUCUCUUUUUGCUUCACAAAGUGUAGAAGUAUGUACAUGUUUGUAGACUUAUUAUUAAAGUGAGUAGAAAAACUGGAAUAUACAGUCAGUGGCUCAAACACCCAGAGACUGAAAGAACAAUGAGAUUUCGCAAUAAAUUUUUUCAGUUUCUACUAUAAUUUGUUUGCUUUGUUUUUAUUUCUAUUUUUAUUUUUGGCAGAGUUUCCAUCAAAAAGUUCUCGAGAAAGCGGACAUUAUUCAAGCAAUAGGAGAUGCUAUUGUUACAAUACCUGAUGUCGCCUGUUUGACCCCAAGGUAAUUCUACUUGAAAAUGAAUCCCUUGGCCUGGUGCAUUGUGUUUGAGUGUUUUAAGACUUAAUGCUGCAGGAAGCAAUCGCUGUGACCAUUCAGAGCAAAAGAAAAUGCCAGCAGAAACCAGUAAGGACUCUUUGUAAAAACAAGCAAACUGCUUAAAGCAAGAAAAUGUAAAGGACCAUGUGGAAUAGAUUUAGCUUUAUAUCUGAUUGGGUGAGAGAGGGGUACAAAUUUCACAGAUCAGUUACAGUGAAGUGAAGCAAAACCAUUACAAUCCUUGAUUACCUCUGACUCUCAACUGAGAGUUUUUCAUUUGUUUGGUGAUUUUUCAAAUUGGAGAAUUGUCUAGAAUUACCAUUUGUCUGUUUUAUAAGGCUAGCGAGUAGAAGUUGCUGUUGUAUGUUAAAAUUUUCUUUUGUUCCUUUUUGUUUUAAGGGGCCGGUACACCAUGAAAGUGUUCCCUUCAUUUCUUCAACUUCAUGGCAAAACUUAUGACUACAAGAUUCCUUACACAUCAGUGUUGCGUCUUUUCCUUUUACCUCACAAAGACCAAAGAUUUAUGUUCUUUGUGGUAAGUUUUAUUAUAUGAGUAGAUAAACUGCAGGGCCAUUGCAGCUUAUUGGAACAUUUUGUCAUGUUUGUCUCCUUGAGGAAUUUCCUCAAUAAUUCAUUUUGGAAAGAAGGUCCAGUGUCAAGCAAAAUCAAGUAACAUAUUGUGUUGUAGUUUACUUGUAUACUGGGAAAAAAUAAUGUUAAUUAAAACAUUUUGUACUAAAUGUAGCACUUGAGACUGGAAUUAUCUUCAAGUCAGGUAUAAGAAAAAGGUGUUAGAGUGUGAUAGGAUUAUUACAGUGGCCUAACUCAUAGAUGUGGGCAAAGAGCAUUAAGUUAACAAAGUGAUGCGCGAUAGUGCACGGCAUGAUUGUAGUGGAGGUGUGAAAAGACAAGGAAGGGUUGGGUUGAGUCACCUGAUGAAGGUUCUGUGCAUGAUCCAACCCAGAUUCCCCUGGUUUUUGCUCUGUUGCCAUUCUCGCGUUGUUUACUACUUCACUCCGUUUUACUUUCUGAAUACCUGAAACCGGCUAUCAUGAAGUUAACAACUUUAAAAAUGAAGCUCAAAAGUAAAGUAUCAAGAGAGAGGCUCCAAGUAGAAUAAGACAGCCUGGAAAUUGAAUAACAUUCAUCACUUUGAAAUUUGCUGUUGAUGGAUUACUCUAAAAUAGUUGUUUUUCUGCAUUGUAGGUUAGCAUGGAUCCUCCAAUAAAACAAGGCCAAACAAGAUAUCCAUUCUUGAUCAUACAAUUUGAAAAAGAUGAAGAAUUCGAUGUGAAACUAAAUUUGUCAGAGUAAGUGAAGGGAUUUUACAUGAUCAAUAGUAGAAUUUUUCUUCUCUUCCUGUGCUCUCUGUUUGAGUACCUGUUCAAGGUAUUGUGAUUUCUGGAAAUACGGAAAAAAAUUGGGGGAAUUAUGAGGGUAGAGAAUUCCCAGUCUAGAAGCUUUUGAGUGUGGGAAAGCGAUAGUGUUAACUUUCAUUUGAAUGAAAGGGGUAACUUUCGCAGUGAUGCCUUUGAGGGGGGGGAGGGGGGGGGGGGGAGGGGAGGAGAGGGGAAAGGGGAGAAGAGAGGUAUGACAAGAUAAUGUGGUUUUGUGAACUGAGUUGAUAACGUAAAUUGGCCUCAGUAAGGAGUUUCUAAAGCUGACUUUUCUAACGGUAGCCGUUCGUCAGUUGCGCAGGUGCAGUAGGUCGGCCAUUGAUCCAACUUCAUUGUUUAAAGCGUCGCAUGUACAUCUUAUACCGAAUUCCUCGCGUGUUUCGACAUCUUGAAAUUUUUGCAAUUUAGGGAGGAGUUAAAGGAAAAAUAUGAAGGGAAGAUAACUCAGGAAAUGGAUGGUCCGAUUUACGAGAUUGUGAGCAGACUGAUGAAGGCAGUUGUUGGUCGAAGAAUAACCGUUCCUGGUACAUUUAAAAGGUGCGUAUUAAUGUAAUGUGUUUCUGGUGUUCUAAGGUUGUGUUUUGUUACCCAGGUUAAGGUGAUCGGUUGCUUAUCACACCGACCAAAAGAAUAUUUGGGCAGCAAUCUUUAACCCUUUAACUCCUAAGAUCUGAUUUUGAAUUCUCCCUUCUAGCUGUUACUCAUUUCCUUGUAAAUAAAUUGCGAGUAUUUGGUGUUAGAUCAAGACUACUAACCUUUACCUGAUAAGUUUGAGUAUUCGCAUUACAUGUUGGCUUUAACUCACUUAUGGGUGUUAAAGGGUGAAGACAGGAUGACUUGUUAAACACCCUUUCCUCUGUGCGUUAGAGACAUCCCAGUCUAAAUAUCAUUGAACAAAGCUGGUAACGUGAAAUGUUUGAAUUUUCUCAUCGUAGAAGUUGCAAAAAGGUCUGUUUCUAUUCAUUCUUUCAAUCAACCUGUGACAUAGAUCCAUUAGAGAAAUAUAAGUAGACUCCAUUAUGAACGAAUUUUUAAAUUGAGACAUUUUUCAGUCUUGCCCUAACUCUUAUUCUGCUUUUCAGUCAUGCGGGAGUCAGCUGCAUCACGUGUUCAUACAGAGCUGGCAGUGGAAUGCUGUACCCUUUAGAAAGGGGCUUUAUAUUUGUGCACAAACCCCCUGUGCACAUCCGCUUUGACGAGAUCUCCUCAGUGAACUUUGCCCGUGUGGCAGGAGGAGGUGGAUCCAGUCGGUCAUUUGAUUUUGAAGUGGAGACAAAGUCGGGGGUCAGUUACGUGUUUAGUAGCAUCGAAAAGUAAGUGGCGCCUACAGGAUGUUGACGAAUUUUGGAUGAGGUUUUCCGACGCAUUCAUUAACAAAAUGGGAGCAAGUAGAACAUGCAUUCAAUCAGAUCAGGUCUUAGAUCGAACGCAUGGUACAAGUACUUAUUGAGCCCGCGGGCACACCCUUGUUAUUAGCGCUGGCUAAUACUUACUAUGAUGAAACGGCACUGGCGUCCAGCACGAUCCUAAGGGCGUUAAAACACUAAAGUACGCUCACACACUUCACUCUACUUCCAAGGGAAGAAAAACGGGACACGUGCAUAUAAAACAGCAAGCUUGUUCCCAGAUUCCUCGUUCAUCAUAAGCUCCUUUUUCGGUGAAUAAGUGGUAGCUGAGGAAACGAGAUUGACAACGCAGCGGUCAAACCGCCGGCAUGCGCAAAUGAUUAAAAAUUUGUCAGCAGCACGCCAAUUUUCAGUGCAAAGUUUUAAAGGGAAAAAUUACCAACAACUGGAGUCAUGAAAAUAUUUCAGGUUUCAAAGUAGCUUGAGAAAUUUUAAUCUGUCUUGCAUCAUAUUUCAGAGAGGAGUAUGGAAAACUAUUCGAUUUUGUCAGUGGCAAGCAUCUGAGAAUAAAGAACACAGGAAAGGUUAGCACACAAUACAAAAAUUCCAAAUAACACUUUUUUCUUCUUUCUUGUCAGUCAUUUAUUUUAAAGGAUACCCCAUUUUCCAGUCAUUGAUAGACUAACGCCAUCAUUAUUAGCGCUGCAAGACGCACAUUUCUCUGCCCGCAGGAAGAUUUGAGACGAGUCCGGGAGAGGUUUGCCGGGAGUCUGGCACUAAUUAUCAUUACAAGCUCUUAAAAAAAAAAAACGGAAACGCUCGUGCCGGAGCGCCCACGAUGAGGGUCAACGCUAUUCAGCGUGCACGCAAAGUAUUAGUACUUUUUAUUGCAGCAUUCCUGCCCCUAGUCCUUUUGAAAAUCCUGCAGUUUUGUUUGCGUUUGCUCUUACGGUCCUCUCUUUGUACGUGAAUACAACAGUUCUAUCAAAAUAAGCCUAGAUUUUGAAAUAAAUUCUCCCUAUUUAGCUUGGUACCUUAAGGUAAACAAAGCAAAAUUAUUUUAUUGUUGUCAUUUUCUCUAUUCAUCAUUAUUUAUUUAUAUGUUUAUCGAUUUUUGUGGUUUAAUCGAAGGUGUCAUCAAAGCAGUAUGAAGACGAAUUGAUGCCCGGCUCAGACGAAGAUUCUCACGAUGCAUACUUGGAGCAGAUGAAGGCUGAAGGAGCCGAGAAAUACGAAGAGUCAGAGUCAAGCGAAGGUGUGUGUGUGUGUGUACUAAGCACGUAAUUUCUAAUUCGCCCUCCGCCUUGAGGACAGAUGCCGAUACCACUGGCCCAUCCUUAUACUGCUAAAAAAUCUUCUCAACCGUUUCCUUUGUACUGUUUAAAUUCCAACUGUAGUAUUGGACAAAUAGGAUUUCUAUUUUGAGCGCACAGAGAGUGUUGCCGUCCCACACUAGCCUGUUUUUCAGAGUUUGCACGGGACACAUUUCAUUGAAAUUGUGACCAGAAUCUGAAAGGUAGUUCUGCAAUUUCCAGGCCCGGGAAGUCGUAAGUUUUGGUUGCCGCCUAUGAAAAGUUAAGGAAUUGACGACUCGCUGUACACUCCGAAUAGUUUCUUCUUUUCCGCGAAGUCCGUCGCGCGAGUAACAAAAAAAUCAACGAAAACUGGAAAAAAAAAAAAAAAAGAUGUUAGCGCGCCGCGCGGAACUCUGGGUGUGAGGCUCACGCAAAGGAGGGAUAGCUCCUAGUCUAAGGUCACUGUUUUUUAUCUUUAUUACAACAAAAACGCAAGAAAUACGUUCGUCAAAUGGUUGCUUUCAUGUUAUUUUAAAACCAAACCAUUGAUCUAUGGCCAUGGAAAACACAAACGACGUCCUGCAAAAAGUGAGGGAAAGUCUUGAAUUUUGGUAUUUGAGGACUUUGAGCCCUGUUUCUUCGCAUAAUUAUGUUCAGGUGAAUUCAUGUGUUUUUUCUUUCCAUUUAAUCUGUUACUUACAGAUGAGUCAGACGAGUCCUUCAAUCCUGGAAGCGGGGGAGAAGAUCAGGAUUUGAAAGAGGAGUGAGUAUAUCUGUUUUACCCCGCAAAAAUUAUUCUGAGUAGAGAAGUAUUUUCGUGCUAAAGGCAAGGUACAAUUCUUCUGAAAUAUUUUUAAAAGACAGGCACUCUCCUGGCCUAGCUUUUUUACUCUUUACGGUGGCUAAUUUACGUUGUCAACUCAGUUGUUAACACUAAAUUACCUGCUAUACUCUCCCACCAACGCAGCACCACAGUUUCUUUAGAAACUUACCCCUUUACUCUCCUGGCCAGUUGGUUCUUUCACCCUUUGACCCUUAAGAGUGAAUAGCGUCUUACAAUACCAUCGCUGAAUCACGCAUGAAGGUUAGGAGAAUUAGGGAAACGAUCACCACCUAAAGAAGCUUUUGGUUGUAUCAAUUCUCCUUGUCAGUUCCUUAGGAAAUGUUCAGAGAAUGCUAUGGAGAAUAUGCAUACUGAUUUUAGGGUGUAAAGGAUUAAGUAAAGUCUAUUGACCGAUCCUUUACUCCUAGCUGAUCAGGCUCGUGGCCACAAUGAGGCUAAUUUUAAGACAAUUUUGUACUAGAUUCGAGAGCGACCCGUCUUCUUCAGAAAGUGAAGGAGAAUCCGACGAGGAAGGCAAGCCAAAACACAAAGUAAAGGAAAAGAAGAAGAAAAAGUCGCCUGAAAAGAAAAGAAAAGCUGAAAAAACGGCGAGCCCUGCACCGAAAAAGAAGGCCAAAACUUCAGUAAGUGUUACUGAAAAUCUUAUAGCUCUGUCGUCUUGUUUUUAACCUUUCAGUAGCAGAAUGUUCCCUUUCCCUUUUCCUAUUUGCCUCACGAGGAAUGUCGUUUCACAGUUCACGAUGCAUAAGGCUCAUGGAAAGUGAUGGAGUUUCACUCUUUCAUUUUUAGGCCUGACUUUUGUGUAUACCUCCAUCCCAUUUGGUUAUUUUUCAGAGUUUUUUGUGUUGAUUGAUUUUAUAACAAGACCGCGAAACUCAUUGGCGUUGGUUCAGUGUCUUAGUACUUGUUGUGUUUUUGAUUAUCUGUUUGUUUGUUUGUUUGUUUGUUCGUUUUUUUUUUGGUUUUUUUUUUUUUAAUCAAAGAAUUUAAGUGUACCGCUAGGAAAAUCAAAAGACUGUUUGUACCGGCCUGUACUGCAAGAGUGUACUUGAAAAUUUAAUUGUUCUAGUCAGUCGCUGUAUGAGUCAAUCAGAAUCAGAAACAGAGCUCAGAGCCUUUUUCACCUACAUCUUCAUCAUCCUCUUUUUUCUCUUUUAUACGAAAUAGAGAACGCGAUAUAUUUCAUAGGACAAUUUCCUAUUGAAUGUCUUCAAACGAAAUCCAAGGUUACCGUAAGAGUCAAUCAGAGCAAAGGUGAAUAUUGUGAGAAACCGAUGAGAGCUCAAAGUGAAAACAAGCCGACCGCUCCAAGCGCGGGAAAACGUGGGUGACCAAGUCGUGAUUGGGUUUUGUAUGCACCUGAUUGGUUGAGACGGUGGCACGAGUUUUCAAGACAUGAUCCAAUCCCGGAUGACUUUCGACACAAUUGAAAUUGCUUUAACCUUGAUUUCAUUUUGCAGACAGAUGAAACACCUCAAGGCAAACGGAAAAAGAAAGCAAAGAAGGACGCUGAUGCCCCCAAGCGGCCGAUGUCCGGCUACAUGUUAUGGCUGAGCGAAAUCAGGGAACAAAUCAAAGGGGAGAACCCUGGAAUCUCAGUGACAGAGCUAUCCAAAGUAGCGGGAGAGAAGUGGAAGAAAAUUGAGGAUAAAACAGUAAAUGAUCUUUGUAUUCCAUAGAUCUCAAUAAUGCGAGAAUGAUGAUUAUGUACGGAUUUCUAUAGUGCCAUGUGCAUCAUCUCGAGGCGCUCUACAACACUUUGGCCAGACUACAUUAAGCAGUUUACAAUUUUUGAAGGAUAUUUUUGCAGCUGCCCUCAAUUUCGGAUCAAGGCCAAACCUCAAAACAAGGUGCUCUUCAACCAGAGCAAAUUCUCCGCAUUUUCUGUAAUACAUUCCCUUUAAUUUUAAUUCCUGUAAUUUAGUGUUAUGGCAAACUCUAUUUUUCUUUCUAUCCAUCAUCUUUCUGCUGGAAAAUGUAAUGAUAAUGCUAGUAGAAAUUACUUUUAAGUCACCUCUAACAAGGUAAUUUAAUUCGUGUUUAGAAAUGGCAGGAAAUGGCCAAAGAGGCGAAGAAGAAAUACGACGAGGCAAUGAAGGUGUACAAAGAGAAGAAAGCUAACGAACCAAAUGAUAGUCCAGAUGAGAAACCAAGCAAGAAGGGUUCCGUAAAGGAGUUCUUUAAUAAGAAGGGAGAUAAAAAGAAAACUGCUUCUCCUCGAAAAGCUGGCAGCGGCGAGUCACAGAAAUUUAAGAGCGCAGAAUUUGUAGAAACUGACGAUAGUUCCUCAGAGGAUGAAGAUAAGGUAAGUUUGUUCUCUUAUAUCUUAUGACGUCCACAAAACUUCACGAUAACAUCGGUUGAAGUAUUUUAGAGUUUUGAUAAUCGUUUCCCUUACUUGUUAAACUUGUCUUGUAUUUUUUUAUUUAUGGAAGAACCACGCAGCUAGAGAUGGGAGACCGACUUGCACUAUGACUCGUUCACAUCUCCCACACUUUCAGAAAAAACGAGAGACGAUUGGCUACAAGCCCAAUGCUUUCGUUUUAAAUUGUAGAGCAAGUUCAAUUUGCACUAUCAUUUGAGGUGUCCCAUUUUAUUUGACGAUCUCCUAUUUUAUUUGCUUUUACAGAAAACCAAACCCAAACCCAAACCUAAAGCAAAAGCAAAACCUAAACCAGGAAAAUCUAAGGGCAAAAGCAAAAAGGAAUCAGAGGAGGAAGAAUCCGAAGAAGAAGAAGAAUCUGAAGACGUAGAUAUGAGUGACGGCUCAGAUUCAGACUGAAGUCAAGAAGUGCCAAGGAGUGCAUAACUUACAUAAUGACUGCGCCUGCAAUCAUAUUGUCCAUCUGUAUGUUGAAAAGGGCACGCUAGCGAGACAUUAAAGUCGUUUGUUUUAAUUGCCUCAUUUUCGUGUACACUAUUUUUGUGGAAAAAUACUUCAAGUUGUAAAACAGCCUGUGUCUGGUUGUGAUACUGGGAGAACGGUUGAAUAGAAAAAUGCUGUAAGGAUAAUCCAAGUUUCUGUUUGUAAAAAUAAACUGGAGGACCAAACUAGUUGUAAAAAGUUUUUUUAGGCUCAAUUUGAAAAACGAGCGCAGAUACAUCAUUAAACCUAAUUUAGAAUUGGUGGUUAAAAGUGUCAAUUUAUCGAAACAACUCGAUGAAAAAUUG